CGGCAAAGACAACUUGAAGCACCAUUAUUAAAAAAAUCUACCAAAAAAAAAAUACUCCUGCAGUCUAGUCUGCUCGACUCCAAGUCUGCAACUGCAUCUCGACUCUGGACUGACUCAUGAGUCAUGACAUGAAGUCAACAAUUAAGAUAUAGUUAAGAUCUCGAUGUACAAGAGUAAAGAAUCAGCCUUCGCUACCUUAUCACCACCACCAUCAGUCAUAUCUGAGACUAUUCACGGAGAGAGAAAGGAGAACAAGGAGAUCCUAUGGAGCUUUUGGAACCUUCCCCUCCUGAACCGUCUGGAGAUGACUCCAUCCAACUCUUUGAUUCCCCUACUUUCCCACUUGCCUUUCACCUGGGACUUCGAGGCCCUCACAUUGUUCCCCUCUCGCCGGAAAUUGCAGUAGACGGUGCUGACAUUGUACAUGUGGCAGUCGGAAAUUCUAUAGAAAAAACUAUAGCUUUGCUUUAUUGGACGUUCCGGCGUUUCAAAAACCUAUAUAUAUGCCUUCUUCAUAUUCAUCAACCUUCUCCCACGAUUCCCACCCUCUUAGGAAAACUUCCUGCAAAUCAAGCAAAUCAGGAAACGGUAUCUGCUUAUAGAAAAGAAGAGAUGGAACGGACCAAGAAACUUCUAUUUAAUUACUUGGGCAUCUGCCAUAGAGCUAAGGUUAAAGCAAGCAUCAUUGCAAUUGAAUCUGGCCAAGUACAGAAAGGUAUUUUAGAUCUGGUGAACAUGCGUAGCAUCAAGAAGCUUGUAAUGGGUACAGCAUCAGAUAACUGCAUGAAGGUGAAGAACUCUACCAAGGCAAAUUAUGUGGCCAAAAACGCUCCUGCAUUCUGUCAAGUCUGGUUUGUAAACAAAGGAAAACAUGUCUGGACAAGGGAGUCUUCUGAAAGUCCAAACGUCCUGCCACCUGAAAAUGUACAUGCAGAAAGAUUAAGGUCUAGCUUACCACAUAAUCAUAAACCUGAAAUCAUAUUUAAUCCAGAAUGUUUUAGAUCCACUUCUAUUCCUGGGAGAGUAUCUAAUGGAGUCAGUAGCUGCAAUCAAUUGGAACAAGAUGAAACAGAAGAGACUUUAUCUACCAGUGGAUCCUGUUCACUAGAUAGAUUUGACCUAAUUGGCACAAUUUCUGGGCAUGCUUCAUCUACUGAAAGAAGGGUGUCAUCAGAGUCGGAUUUAAAUUUAGAGAAAGAAAGACUAUAUAAUCAGCUUGAGGAAGCAAGGAGAGAAGUUGAGGCAUCAAAGAAUGAAGCAUGUGUGGAGCUACUGAGGUCCAAAAAAUUGGAAUUGGAAGCCAUUGAAGCUAUCAACAAGGUCAAAGAUUUUGAAGCUUCCUUCUUACACGAAGUUGAGCUCAGAAAAGAGGUUGAGGAAGCACUUAGAACUACUCGACAAGAACAAAGAAAUCUCUUAGAAACAAGGGAAGAAGUGAUAAGAGAUCUACAGAAGACCAUGAGAAAUGUAGCUAUACUUGACAUUCAGACCCACGAAGCCAUGCGUCGGCGAGAUGAAGCCACUGGAGAAUUAAGGCUCAUCCAAGCUUCCAUAGAAACUCUCCGACAUGAAGGGCAGAGGAUCCAGCAACAAAAAGAGGAGGCCUUAUGUCAGCUGAAACGGUGGAGAAGUUGUAGCCAACAUGGAGCAACGAAAGGUAAAGGGUUAGAUGGGUUUGUCAAUCACCUGCCCAUGUUCACAGAGUUUUCUCGGUUGGAUCUACAAACUGCAACAUGCAACUUUUCAGAGAGUUUCAAGAUCGGGCAGGGAGGAUAUGGUUGUGUUUAUAAAGGAGAGAUAUUUGAUAGAAGUAUUGCUAUAAAGAAAUUGCAUCCGCAUAACGUGCAAAGCAUAUCAGAGUUUCAACAAGAGGUUGUAGUUCUCAGCAAACUACAGCAUCCUCAUCUAGUGACCUUAAUUGGUGCCUGCCCAGAAGCAUGGUCCCUUGUCCAUGAGUACUUGCCAAAUGGGAACCUCCAGGAUCACCUCUUCUUUAGGAGAAACAAUCCUCCCCUGACCUGGAAGACCCGAAUGCGAAUUGCUGCCAGAGUUUCAAGUGCCCUCCUCUUCUUGCAUACUUACAGACCCGAGAAAAUGAUCCAUGGUGACCUUAAACCUGAAAAUAUCCUUCUUGAUUCAGAAUUCAACUGCAAGAUUGGAGAUUUUGGGAUUUGCAGGCUUGUCCCUGAGGAAACUGCACGUUGCCCAAGUUUUCGCUGGAAUACAGAGGGAAAGGGUGCAUUUCCAUACAUGGAUCCAGAAAUAGAGAGGACUAGAGACCUGACAUCCAAGUCUGAUAUCUACUCCUUUGGGAUCAUUAUUCUACAGCUACUCACUGGCAGGCACCCAGUAGGAUUAGUGAGUGAGGUGCGCCAGGCAGUGUCUUAUGGAAAGUUAGCAUCAAUCUUGGAUCCAUCUGCCGGAGAAUGGCCUACAUUUGUGGCAAGGCAACUGGUAGACCAUGGUUUAAAAUUCUGUGAGUUGAACAGUCGUGAUCGGCCUGAGCUGACACCAGCUAUUGUGAGGGAUCUGGAGCAGUUGCAUCUUGCUGAAGAGCGACCAGUGCCAUCUUUCUUCUUGUGUCCAAUCCUCCAGGAGAUAAUGCAUGAUCCUCAGGUGGCAGCAGACGGUUUCACCUACGAAGGCGAGGCAUUGCGUGGGUGGUUGGCAAAUGGGAGGGAAACUUCUCCCAUGACCAAUUUGAAGUUGAGCCACCUGCAUCUUACACCUAACCAUGCACUUCGACAUGCUAUCCAACAUUGGCUCUGCCAGUAUUAAAAUCUAAUGUUACCGGAGUCUAAUGUGCACACACGCCGAUGCAUGUUUUAUCAUUUCUGAUCUCUACAUGUAUAUGGAUGGUUUUACAUGCAUGCAUGUAUAUAUUGCAUCCAACAUUGGCUCUGCCAGUAUUAAAAUCUAAUGUUACCGGAGUCUAAUGUGCACACACGCCGAUGCAUGUUUUAUCAUUUCUGAUCUCUACAUGUAUAUGGAUGGUUUUACAUGCAUGCAUGUAUAUAUUGCACCCAUCUUCUCUUGGGCAUUCUAGCUGAUUUAUAAUCAUCAUGUUAUUAAGUAAUGGGCUCAUGCUUCAGCCACAAGGUCUAUGUCGUAAAGUUAUUAUUUAACUAUUAAUGAGUUUUAUAUUGGUUUUUCACGCAUAUCAUAUCCAUAUGUAUCUUGAUUUUUUUCAAUGUUUCGCGAGUGUAUCUGACAGUUUGUACUCCA